AGCUGGUUCUGCGUGUGAAAGGCUUGCGCGCGGCCGGACGUCUGGCUCAAGAGCGAACAAGCACCAGUUUGCGAAUCUUCAUGCAUUUUACCUCCCACUCUCGGCCUGCUGCUGCUGGAUGGUCGUUUGUGUUGUGCGAUUGCUGAUCCUUGUAGCUUGCACAGCAGCGGAGCGAGUGAGGAAUGAAGCACAGAGCGACCUUGGUGGUCAUGCUCGGCUGCAAAUCAACAGCGUGGACAAGGUGAAGGUGGAUGCCAUCUCCAAGGCGGAGGCCAUCCGCAUGCGCCAGACCGGGCUGCGCUUCCACGAGGUGGAGCAUCAUCACUUCAGCAAUGACGCGCGCAACAGCAAGCUCUGGAAGGAGCUCAACGAUGCCUCCGCUCAGUCACAUUGGGGCUCCAAGAAGACGACGACAGGCGCCGGUCCUGGCAACGUGACGCUGACGACCUCCGCGCCGGAGGCGGCGACAUCCGGCUUGGGCUCGGAGCUACAGCAGGCCCUGAGUGUCGAGGAGAAGAUCAAGCCUACCCGCAUCGGCGGCUUUCUUUGUGCGCAGUUCGACCUUGACUUGUUCGUCCUCUCUGGAGGUGUGUUUCCUGGCCUCAUCGGCAUCGGGCUUUUGGGGGAGAUUCACUACCAGCAAGCCACUUCUUGCUAUGGCUGGACGGCGGAGCUUUACCUCAUGCUGUCGAUUGGUGUCACCAUCCUGGGCGUGGACUUCCGCGUCGCGCUGGUGGUUAUUGCCACCCUCGUGGUCACGGAGCGGCCCCUGGCCGCCGGGGCCAAGGAUCUGGUCUGGGAACUCCCGCCCAACUUUGACAUAAAUCAUUGCAUGUCGAGCAGUCCAUUCAGCCUCGUCACGGCGACAACCAAACAAGGUUGGAAGUUUAUCUACACUCACAUCCUCACCAAGAAGUACUUGCAGCACGCAGAAGUACAGCUUCACCAGUACUUCAAGGACAACAAGCAGGAGCUCACGGAAUUCCAAAGGUAUGUGGACUUCAUUGAGCCCCCGCAAGCACUGCCGGCGAGCAUCGUAUCGGCCAACCAGAGUAGAGGCCUUGCGAAAGAGGGCAUCGUCGGCAAUGUGGUUGUGCAGGGUGUUUUUGGCGAGGACUUCAUUGACAUGACUGUGCUUAUGCCACGCGAGUUACGAGCUGAACUUGACUAUGAAGGUCGAGGCGUGUCAACCAACAUCUUCAAGCACGCGUCAUCGGUGCGCGCCCGGAUAUGGCAGCGCUUUGGUGACCUGCUUCUCAGUCAAAAGUCUGAGCCCUGCCGCAGUCCUGCGAAGAGCAACUACCAAUGCAAGUUCCGCCUUGCAGCGAGGAAGGAUACCAUGGCCUUCGUUCAGCUCACAGUAAAAACCUUCCAGGAAUUCGCCAUUCCCAUGCAGCUCGACAACAGCCGCGACGAGUUCCAUUUCCCAGCGAGCAUGCGGACGUCGAAGCAGCCACAGGCCACGACACUCUCGUGCCAGCGCCUGUUCGUGACGCAAUCGCAGAAAGAGUGUUCUGCCCUGAAGUCGGUGGAUCUGGAGGUGAAGGUGGGAGAUACCGCGGAGACUGCCAGCUGGGAGCCGCAGCAGUUCGGCGAGGAAGCUCCGUGGGGGAUUUCUAUGCCGAUGGGCGCGACGAAGAAUGACCACCCCGAGAUCGAUGAGAAGCUUGCGGGUGCGCCUGCGGCCAACGUUUGGCUCCACAGGAUGACCAGCUAUGACAUGAAGAAGUUCUUCAUCAAUGCGAGAGAUGGCUUUUGCCAAGAGCGGGAGGAGCGUUUCCUGCGCCAGCUCUGGGACCGAAGCGAAACUCCUAGCCCCGACAUCGCGAGCCUGAUCCCGCAAGAGACCCUGGCCAAAAUUGUGGGCGACGUGCUGCGUCAACUUCAGUUGGACUAUCGCAAUCAGCUGCAGGCAAAGGAGCAAGACACUCUCGUGGGCGCUCACCUCGUCAACGCUUUGCAGAUCACUGAUGAGAUGAAGCAGCUGCUGGAGAUGCUUUCAGCCAGGAGCUUCAGUGAUGUGCCAGCGUGCGCGGAACGGGCCAUCGAGCAGGCGAUCGUGAACGUCACAGAUCGCGGGGCUCUUCUGAGAGGACUGCAGAGCUGCUCUGCACUGAGCAGAUUGCAUUUCGACACGAACCUAGCGGCCAAGGAAAAUGUGAUUGAGAAUCUCUUCGGUCCUUUGCCAGCCGAAGGCGAGCUGCACUGGGUUGACUUUGCCAACCGCACGGUGAACCCCAACAGUUGCGCCUCUUUAGGCUUCACGGGGGCCAGCACCCUUGCUGAAUGCCGCCUUGCCUGUGACAGCGGAUCAGAGUGUAACACCGUGGUUUUUGAGCACGAGGACGGCUGGUGCAGCUUGUGGAAUUGUGCGACCUGGGAUGUCUUCCCUCACCAGAUGGGGAAAAGCCUGUCCAUCCAGAUGCAAAAGCGUUCUGAGCGGCCCCCUACCGCAGUGGAUGUGUUCCUGGCAACCCCACAGUGGGCUCUGCCGAUAAUUCUGUCUCGUAUGGACAAGGAGGAGCUUGAGGGGGCAGUUCGAGAUCUUGCAACGGUCAGCAGUGCUGCCGAAGCUUGGAAGAGUACCAUGCGCAUGACGUGGAGCAACAUUACCAAAUGGCCACCAGGUAGCCUUUUUGGGCCGGAAGCACUCCGCCCGCUGGUGGCGGAAUGCUUGCUCAAGGAAGACACCUCAUGGUUGACUAUCAGAACUUCGGGUCUCAUUUUGUCAGGAUCCAGCUAUGAGGAGGGCGUAAGCAUCACCGUCCGCGGCAACUCCAAAGAUUCAAUUACGAAAUUCUUCAAGCUCGCGAAUGACUUCGGGGGCUCUUCUGGCCGCCGCUGGAGCCAGACGUUCCCAUUCUCUUUCCAAGGCUGCACAGUCGACAUCGAGACCAACUGGGUUUGGCAGGUGCCUGGGAAUGCAGCCUACUUCAUCCGACCCAACAUGGUGCCGGUGGCGCAGGCGCUCUUUGCGGCCUACGACCAGUUCAUCUCCAAGAUGCCGGCCUACUCCGCGCAGGUAUUGCAGCGGAUUGAGCCCAAGAAGGACAGCAGCUGGAAGGUGUCUGUGCUGCCAUAUGACACGACUGAUGGACGUCACCUCCAUCGUCAUAUGAAGAAAGGGGAGAAAGAUCGGGUGCACGUCUACAAAGGAGAGAUUGCCACCGAUGAUGCGGUCUACAACUACCCCAAGGCCAUGCGCGAAUCCAAGUUUCGAGAGGAGAAGAACUUCAAGUACAAUGUAGGCCUCUCUAUAGCGAACCUGUUCCUGCGCAUUUUGGGUGACAUCCAGGCGCUCUUCAACAUCUAUUUCGCCAACCACCCGGAUUGGGACAACAUGUGCACGUCUUUGCCCGCGCGGUUCAACCUCCCAUUCGAGAUGGACAGAGCCCGCUCGGCGUCCAACUGGGGCCACCAAAGUAAGUCGAAGAUUGGCGAGGAUGACAUCAAAAUGAAGCCAACCCACCGCGCUGCGGAGUCUGUCAGCCAGCACGGUCGGCCACUCUCAGAGGAUGAUGAAGCCAUGAUCAUGGAAUGGCACUGGGUGGCCAAGCCCCGGUGGCUUCACAAGAAAGAGACCCGCGCGCAGUUCUUCUUUCAGACGCCUCCGGUGCAUGGCAAGGAUGGCUGGGCUACCGCAGAUGUGUCGCAGCUCAACGCGGUGAUGUGGCCCCACGUUUGGUGCGAACUCAUCGAGCAGGACUGGAGCACGUAUGCGCCCAACAAGACCAAGAAGGAUGAACGAGGCUGGAGAUACAUGUCCCAGGAGAUCAAGAUCUUGACUCGCCUCGUCUUCAACGCACCUGCUGCAGUUGCCCCACUUCUGGAUCACCACAACCUCCACGAGCAAGGCAAGCGCGUUCUCACGAUGUUUAAGCACAUUAACUCCGGGUGCUCCCGAAGGAUUGAGGCGAAGGAGAGGUCGGCAGUAGAGCUCCGGACGUUGCCCUUGUUUGUCGGAUGGGAGGAAGCCGCUGGAAUCUCUCAAAACAUCCUGAACUUCUUUGAGAAAAUUGCGACUUCCUUAUGGGAUGACGCUGUGCCAGAUGCUGACUCAGCGGAGCACUCCACAGAGGACGAAAACAGGAAGGCUGAAGAUGGCACCCCAGAGAACGUGCAACUGGACACUCUCCUCGACACCAUUCAAGUCUCCCGCGAGAAGUGGCGCACCGAGGGCAUCCGAGCCAGCAGCUUGCGCAGCUCUCUAGUGACUACUUGGGACAGCCUCUUCAAGAACGUCACAGAUGCAGAGACACAGGCACUGGUGGAUGCCCGUCGCACAUUUCAAGAGUCCAAGGAAGCCUUGGACCUGCUGCUGGUGGGCCAGACACGGCGCUUCAGAGAAAUCAGCGGGCAUUUGUCGCGGAUGCUGUCAUUGGAAGUGAAUAAGACCAACCGCACCUCCUUUGUCCGUGAGGAGGAAACGCUUCCUAUCGACUUUGCGCUGCAGUUCGCGACGGCGCUCGGCAAUGCUGCCUUAAGACGUCAGACGGAGGCUCUGAAUUACUUUGCUGAGACGUCCCGAUGCAUCGACGUGGCCUCCAAGCCUGCAGAGCUGCCGAGCAGCGCCUUCGGAGAAUGGACCAAGGGGAAUCUGGCGGGCAAAAGCAUCCAAGACAUCCGGGAGAGACUUGGCCAGGAGAAAUCUACUCGCUUCGGCGCCGAUCUCUUCCUUGAGGAGGCGUGUCGAGUUUCGCCCACCACUGACUUCAGCGUACCUCCAGAAGGAAGGCUGGACCUUUUGCGAGAGCCACGGCCAGAGUGCGAGCGGGUGGUCUUGCACAACGCCAUGCUCACUAUGUUCCCCAGCUUCUCGAUGGCUGCACUGGAUCUCUACCAUCGCUUCGAGCGCGAGCUACAGGACUUGGCGGAGAACCCCACCCAGGCCAUGGUGAACAUGAUGCUGGUGGAGUUGCAGCUCUUCAUGAGGAAGAUGGCUUACGCGAGCAAGCUCAUGCGCAUGGACGACGACUUGUACGAAGCCCUUUCCUAUCGAAAGGACGGCGGUUUGGUGGGCCGUCUUUGGUCCAAUCUGCCCAGCGCUUUGACGGAGAUCGCUGCCACCCUGCAGAUGCGCCAGGAGUCCAGGAAGAUGUGGAUCACCGAGAGCAUUGCCUUCAGGAGCAAGCUGAAGAAAGCUCGGCGCUUGCGCGUACGCGAGGUCCAGGCCAACAACACCCAGAUUCCUUCCGCAGUGGAAGGCUGUGUUUGCUCAGAAAGUUGGAGCGUCUACAUCUGGAAGAAGUUGCGGCCACGGCAUUUGACCUUCAGAGGCUGUGUAGAGGACAGGGACAAGCUAGGGGAAGAGCUGCGGGUGAACACAAGCAGUUUACAGGGCCUCUGCGAAGUGAAGCAGGACAAGCACGGCUUUGAGACUUGCGAUCUGAAGUAUGCCCCCUGCGAUCCCAAGGCGGUGCGAGCCAAGCCGAAGUUUCAGAUCUGGCGGUCCGCGGAUGCACUCCAUGCAGACGUUCGCCUUCCACUGUUGCAGAUGGAUAUGCACCUGCAUGUGGAUUUCCGGAACCGGCGCGCGGACUUCUGUACCCCGAACUUUGCCCCCAUCAUGCUGGACACGAACUGGCACUGGUCUAUGUACACCUGGCUGCCCUUCGAGCUACGCCGCUCCAUCUGUUUUGGCGCACGCGUCCACCCUCCGGGGGUCAGCCUCCAAGUGACCAGAUGCGCUCACGACGGCUUGGGAGUCGUGAAGAAGCAGACCCACUCCAUCGAGUGGUCUAUCACAGGCGUGGCUUACCUUGUCAGUCACUACAACACCUGGGGCACGGGCGACGGCGACAUGACGCAGUCCUGGUUUGGCGGAAGCCAGAACUGGGGUUCCAAGGCGGCCUCCGCGGGUUGGCCCAACUUCCUGGUGGCGGACCCGGGGACCUGGGCCAGCAGCUCCUCCGGCUCUGGCUACUUGUCGACGCCCAAUAUGAUGAGCUCCCCGGGGGCCUUUUGGCUCAGCUUGAUCGCGGAAGUCUUCUCGGCCAUGUCCCUCACAGAGGUCACCAACGAUGCCAACACCACUAUCACCAAAGCCAGCAUCAAGGCUUGCAUGGUUGCGGCUGUCACAGUUGGAUGGAAGCUGCUGCAGCGCUACGCGGUGAUCCCUAGCACCUGGGGCAUCUUUUCCACGGUGGGCAGCGUGCUCUCCAGCAUGGCAAAGAUUGGCCUGAAGAAUCUGCAGAUCAGCCCCUUCCGCAUGGAGCACGACGUGGUUCUGAGUUUCAAAUGGGCCAGGCAAAACACGAAGCGUAAGCUGAACCUGCCAAUGUUGCUGCAAGACAUGAGCAUGGAACAGCUCCGGAAGGUCUUCGCGGAAGCGCGGAAAUACGGCACACAGGUCGACGAGCUUUGGAAAAACUACACCUCUUCUGGUGUCGGCUCCAGCAUGGACGUGAAGAACUUGCAUCGCUCCUCGCUGAGGCAGCUGGCGCGAGACUACAUGGAACCUGUGAAAGCGGCUGAGCCUAGGACUUUCCAGUUGCGCGGCAGCCGAUAUCAGAAGCAGCUGCAAGACCUCUUUAGGCGCUGCCCGGGACGGCCGCUCGUGUACAAGGUGGCCAACCGAAGGAUACCCGUCUAUGUCUUCUGGAAGCGCGAGAGCUCCGGUUGGGUGCGGCCGCCCCUCUCUCCAGGUACAGAGAUCAUGCUCGCUCCCUUUGACGAGGAAUGGUACAUGGUUGUGGAUGAAAGCCGGGGCGAGGAUCACUAUGUCCCUGCACGGUACAUGCAGAAUGCCGGUCUGCAGCUGGAGGCGGAUGUGCUUCCCACCGCAGCUGCCGGCAUCCCGCAGCGGGUGCUGAACUUCGACCAGGUUGAGAAUGUCAUGCAGCGAGUGAAUAUGGACACGCUGAAGUGCUGGGCCUCACACAUCUCCCAGGCUCAGCCUGGACUCCUGCGCCGCGUCAUGGCGGGGGCGGCCAGGCUUGAGCGGGAGAGUGCCCACACACUGUUUGGCCACGUUCGCGACUACAGAGAGGAGUCUGACCUCACAGAGGUGCCCUUGGGCUACUUCUCUCUGACCUAUGUGAGGAAAUUUCUGUCGGACAAGUACGAGAAAAUUCUGGCAAACAUGAACAGUAGUGGCCAGGCCGAUUUCCGAUCUGCCUUCCAGCGCGGGAACGAGUCGCGAGUGGUUCUCCGCGCGAAGGAUGACAAGGAGGAAGUGGCGGCAAAGACUCAGUACUUCGACGUGGGCUUGGCCAUUUUGACUCGGCUUGGCUUCCCCUUCAUCUCGUUGCCGGGGAUCUUUCAACUUCAGCCAUACGCGCAGCUGUCAGUGCAGUACGAUGUGAGAGAGAUUCUUCGAUCACUGCAGGUAAAGGUGCGGCGGAUGACUGGGCACAAGGCGAGUUCAUCUAGCAGCGACAAGAUAGAGCAGUACCUCACACGCAAGGCAGUCUGUGAGAAGUGCGUGGAGCAGAACCAUGCCUUUUGUGAUCGGCAGGAGGCUGCUGAUUCCAUGCUGAUCAACGGCCACACACCAGACAUGGACGCAUGCCAGCCGAGAACGUCAUUUGGAAAGGAACACUGCUACCGCUUCACUUGGGGUCGUCACCAAGCAGGUAGGUUCUUCGACGAAGACAUUUGCCCCUGCUACAAGGCAGUCAGCGGCAAACGUGUGAUGCCAAGAUACAUCACCACCAAAGAAAGCUGCGCAGACAUCAGCUGGCCUGACGACGAGAUCGAAAAUUUGAAGAGGGCGAGUAAGGAUCGAGACUGGCGGAGCGGCUUUGCUAUGCAGGGUGACGUGGACGAGCGUUACGACAUGCUGCAGGCUGCUCAAGUGGGGCCGCCCCCCAUGAAGGAUUGCUUCGGCGGAUAUCGCUGCUGUGGUCUCUUUGGCAAGAACAAGACUAAGGGUCCGGAGAAACUGCGCUGCGUCUCCAAAAAGGCCUUGGAAGAGCAGAGCAGCUGGAUUCACAAGUCCAGCAAGUGCAAGUACUACAAACCGGGAGACGGAAAAGAGUGGAGCCACGCGGAAAAUAAGUGCACGGAGGACAAGGUGGACGGUCACUGGGUGAUGAGCGAAGGUCACUGGAAGAAGGACAAUCCGGAGGGCACCGACCCUCCGCAAGAUGAUGCAGCAGAUGGACCGGAGGUAGAAGAUCCGCCCGACGCGGUUGACGUCGACGGUGAGUAGACUGAGCUUCUGCUGAGGAGCGAAGCCGCUACAUUCGGGAAGAGCUUCCCCUUUUUGCAGGGCACACGGCGCCAAAGAUGCCUCAGGCGACAAGGAAGGCUUUGCCGGCUUUGGC